CUUUGCUGAAGACAGAGCCCUCUAAACACACACUAAAAUGUCAUUUCUAAGACUAGACUGGUUGGGGACGCAGGCAGAGCUGCUGUGGACCUCCAGGUUCCUCCAUGGGGAUGAGGAGAGCCUAGGGUUCGCCCAGAGGGAUGAGUUGAGCAGGACCUAUGGAGAGGACCAAGAGGAGUCCAGGGAGUCACCCACCACCUCCAGCCCAGAGGGGGGAAAUGAGACACCUACCAGUCCCUCCAGCAGGACCUGUCUUAAAAUCACCACCUGGGAGGCAGGAUGGAACGUGACCAAUGCUAUUCAGGGUAUCUUUGUUCUGGGGUUGCCUUACGCUCUCCUUCAGAGUGGCUACCUAGGAUUGCUACUGCUCAUUCUGGCUGCUGCCAUCUGCAACUACACAGGUAAGAUCCUUGUAUCCUGCCUGUACGAGGACAACGAGGAAGGCCAGCCCAUACGAGUGCGGGACACCUACGAGGACAUCGCCAAUGCCUGCUGUAAGCGCCUGUGCCCCCUCCUGGGCGGGCGGGUGGUGAACGCAGCACAGGUGAUAGAGCUGAUGAUGACCUGUAUCCUCUACCUGGUGGUCAGCACCAAUCUAAUGUGUCACAGCUUCUCCUUCCUCCCGCUCCCCCCCGCCGCCUGGUCCGUGAUGACCUUCCUGACCCUAGUGCCCUGCAUGCUGAUCCGGGACCUGAGGGUGGUCUCCAGACUCAGCCUGCUCUGCUCCCUGGCCCAGUUCCUCAUCACCUUCAUCGUGGUGGCCUACUGCCUGCACCAAGCCCACCGCUGGUCCUGGAGGAGGAUGGUCCUCUUGGUGGACUUUGAGAGGUUCCUGGUGUCCGUGGGGGUCAUCAUCUUCAGCUACACCUCCCAGAUCUUCCUGCCCACCCUGGAGGGAAGCAUGGAGGACAGGGGGGACUUCUCCGACAUGAUGAGCUGGACACACUCCCUGGCUUGUGUGUUGAAAACCACCUUCUCUGUGCUGGCCUUCCUCACCUGGGGCGAGGAUACUAAAGAGGUGAUCACUGAUAACCUUCCCAUUGGCCUACGCAUGGUGGUCAACCUGUGUCUCCUGGCUAAGGCCCUCCUCUCCUACCCCCUGCCCUUCUACGCUGUGGCUGAGGUCCUCCAGAGCAGUGUUCUAAGGCUGGAAGGGGCGCAGGUGGGUGUGGACAUGGGGACUCUGGUUCUGCGGGGCUGUCUCCUGUUGAUGACCUUCCUCAUGGCACUCUACAUGCCCCACUUCUCCCUGCUCAUGGGGCUGACGGGCAGCGUGACGGGGGCGGCCAUGACCUUCAUCCUGCCCUCCCUCUUCCACCUGCAGCUCAAGUGGACCACCAUGAGCAGCAGGCUCAAGGCCCUGGACCUUCUAAUCUUAACUCUGGGAUCUCUGUGUAGUUUAUCGGGGUUGGUUUGCUCCAUCAAGGGAAUGAUUCAGGCUUUUGGGCGUUGA